AUGUCAAACCUUUUGAGGAAGACUGCAACGACAACAGAAGACAAAAAGAAAACAUUACAAAGUGUUUUACAUCUAGUUGAAGAACUUCGUAGCGCUGGAUCACCAUUGGCUGCAAAAACAUACAACUACGUGAUAAAUGCAUAUUCCAGAGCAGGUGAAAGUCAUGGCAUAAUUCCACUUUUACAGCAAAUGGAGGCAGAAAAUAUCACACCACAUCGAGUGUUCUUUGAACAAGCAUUAGAGCUUGCUGGAAGUUUAGGUGAACCUGUAUUGCAAGCACAUAUACUGCAAUACAUGGAACGGCAUGGAUACAAAAAGACACCGAUUAUAUACAAUGCUUUCUUAAAAUGCGCCAAAGAGAAUAUGGAAUUAGAAAGAGCCAUAGAUAUCCUUGAUGAAAUGAAAAAAUGCAAUAUAAAACCUAGUAUGUCAAGUUAUUCGGAAUUGAUAGACUUAGCUGUCACCUUUGAAGAGCCCGAGACAGCCUACGAAUUGCUUUUGUCAGCAAAGCUACUGAAAGAUUUUGCUGAGUAUGAGGAACCAUUAUACUUGAAUGUGUUGCGAUCAGCAUCUUAUCACUAUAAGCACGAUAUCGUCAAAAUAUUAUGGGAAGAGGCAAUCACGCAAAAAGGAUAUCGACCAGAUGAAGGACUGUGUCUACAGGUUCUGAAUAUGACGGGAAAAUAUGCAGAUCCACGAUUAGCAAGCUCUGUGAUCAAAUACAUCGGAAGCCAAGGAUACACAUACAGAGAACUUCAUUUUCAACCUUUAAUACAAGCAUUUGCACAAACAGGAGAUAUAAGAAGUACAUUUAAACUACUCCAUGCCAUGAGAGAAGCCGGUGUCACUCCCAGUAAAAGAACAAUUACAUCCAUGAGUUCUAUAUUUGCGCAAGAUAAAAGCGCCAUUACAAAAGCCAAAGCAGCAAUAGAUGAGGCCCUUCGUUCCGACAUUAAAGAAAUAGAUAUAUUAGCAGUCAAUUUGGUGAUACAUGUACUGGCAAGCAACAGACAGUAUGAUGAAGCACUGUCUCUUUACAAUCGAGUCAUGGAGGCUGGUGUGACACCAAAUGAAGAAACACUAGACGCGGUAUUAGACUCUUGUAUUCAUUCUCAAGAUGCUGCCUUGGGCGAAAAGAUAUAUAAUGAAAUGAUUUCAAAGGGGAUCUCAAAGACGCCAUCCACACUAAGUAAAAUGGUGGCUUUAAUGUGUACUCAGGAAGAAUAUGAUGACGCUUUCAAGUACUUGGAGGAAAUGAAACAUUUGGAUAUGAUUCCAUAUCGUGGAAGCUACUACAAGCUUGUAAAAACAUUAGCAGCUGCAAAAGAUCCUAGGCUUAAUAUCGCCUUGGAAGAUAUGAAAGACUACGGAUAUGAGCUUUCAACGCACCUACAAGAAUAUAUAGAGCAGCACGACGAAAAUCAGUAUGAUGAAGGUGAAAGCUCGGCACAUAUUUCUCUAUAG